AUGGUAGAGGAUUUUAGGAGUCGUGGCAAAAAGGGAUUCGUGUUUAAGAUUAACUUGGAGAAAGCAUAUGAUUGUGUUGAUUGGGAUUUUCUGGAUUUGGUGUUGAAUGAAAAAGGUUUCGGGGAGGUAUGGAGGAAGUGGAUUAGAGGAUGUGUUUCAUCUACAUCAUUCUCUCUGCUCAUUAACGGCAGAGUGAGAGGCAAGUUCAGAGGUUCUAGAGGCAAAGAAAACAUUCAAAUCAGUCAUUUACAAUUCGCGGAUGACACCCUUUUCUUUGUCAAGGAUGAGGCCUCACUACGAAAACUGGUUGAGAUUGUUGAAGCUUUCUGUGGCAUUUCUGGUUUGAAAGUUAACUUGAACAAGAGUCAACUGUUGGGCAUAUGCCUUGAAGAGGAAGUGGUGGCCCAAAACGCAGAAAUAAUUGGUUGUGAGGUAGGUACCUGGCCUAUGACAUACCUGGGAAUGCCACUUGGUGGCUCCCCGAGGAAAGAGACCUUCUGGGAGCCUGUCUUGGACAAAUGUGCGAAAAGAUUAGAUGGGUGGAAAUGCUCCUUCUUGUCUAGGAGAGGUAGGCUUACUCUCAUUCAGUCGGUCCUAUCUUCCCUUCCUAUCUACUACCUUUCUCUCUUCAAAGCCCCAAAAAUGGUCCUAAAGGCAAUAGAAAAAAUGAUGAGAGAUUUCUUCUGGGAAGGUGGAGACUUAGCAGGGGCUGACCAUUUAGUGGCUUGGGAUGAGUUAUGCAAACCAAGGAGUGAGGGUGGUUUAGCAAUUGGAAGGCUAGAGCUGAGGAACAAAGGGCUGCUGAUGAAAUGGUUAUGGAGAUAUCCUUUAGAACCAAACUCCCUGUGGCACAAAGUAAUCAAAAGUCACUAUGGUAAAGCAUAUAACUUCUGGGAUACUAAAUGGGGGGUUCAAGCAUCUCCAAGAGGGUCGUGGAAAGAUAUUUCAUAUUAUUAUGGGGAAUACAACCGAUUGGUGAAGUUCAAAGUAGGAAACGGAGCAAAUAUACGUUUCUGGGAGGAUGUAUGGAUUGGGGGAUCCUCAUUGAAGGAGCAAUUCCUGGACGUUGUAGUGAUCUCUAAGGCUAAGAAUGCAAUGGGAUCUUCUCCUCUAAAUCAGCGUUCUACUGGUUUUAUUCGUCCAUGCAGUCUGGCGAGGUGUUUUGGACAAAGACUCUAUGGAAAAGCAGAGGACCUUUCUAAAGUUAAGGUGUUCGGGUGGUUGGUGUCUCUAGAUAAAUUAUACGUACAUGACAGAUUGCAAAAAAAGCGCCCAUUUGUAUGCUUGUCACCGGGGUGGUGUGUUUGUUGUAAGUCAAGUGGGGAAGAUGUGGCACAUUUGUUUUUAAGGUGUCGCCUUGCGUGUAAUCUCUGGACAAAGCUGUUUAACGAAUUUGAGACUCAAUGGGUUAUGUCUUGUGUGGUUUCUCAAAUGAUAGUGAGCAAGGUGGGGGCAGUAAAAGAAGCACAUGUUUAUUGA